GUCCCUCUUGAGCACGGCCUUGCCUGUUCGGCGGGGUGAAAGGUUGCGAAGAUGGCGACGGCCUUGAGCGAGGAGGAGCUGGACAAUGAAGACUAUUACUCGUUGCUGAACGUGCGCAGGGAGGCCUCUUCUGAAGAGCUGAAAGCUGCCUACCGGAGGCUGUGUAUGCUUUACCAUCCCGACAAGCACAGAGACCCAGAGCUCAAAUCACAGGCGGAGCGGCUGUUUAACCUUGUUCACCAGGCUUAUGAAGUGCUCAGUGACCCCCACACCAGGGCCAUCUAUGAUAUAUAUGGAAAGAGAGGACUGGAAAUGGAAGGAUGGGAGGUUGUGGAAAGGAGGAGAACUCCAGCUGAAAUUAGAGAAGAGUUUGAACGGUUGCAGAGGGAGAGGGAAGAGAGGAGACUGCAGCAGCGAACCAAUCCCAAGGGGACCAUCAGCGUUGGCAUUGAUGCCACUGACCUUUUUGAUCGCUAUGAGGAGGAGUAUGAAGAUGUGUCCGGAAGUGGCUUUCCACAGAUUGAAAUUAACAAGAUGCACAUAUCCCAGUCCAUUGAGGCACCCUUGACAGCUACAGACACAGCCAUCCUCUCUGGAAGCCUCUCAACGCAGAAUGGGAAUGGAGGGGGUUCCAUUAACUUUGCACUCAGACGAGUCACUUCUGCAAAGGGGUGGGGAGAGUUAGAAUUUGGAGCUGGGGAUCUGCAGGGGCCUUUAUUUGGUCUAAAGCUGUUCCGUAAUCUCACACCAAGAUGCUUUGUGACGACAAACUGUGCCCUGCAGUUUUCGUCCCGUGGAAUCCGGCCCGGCCUUACCACUGUCCUGGCCCGGAACCUGGACAAGAACACCGUGGGCUACCUGCAGUGGCGGUGGGGUAUCCAGUCGGCCAUGAACACUAGCAUUGUCCGGGACACCAAAACCAGCCACUUCACUGUGGCCCUUCAGCUUGGAAUCCCUCACUCCUUUGCACUGAUCAGCUAUCAGCACAAAUUCCAGGAUGAUGAUCAGACUCGCGUGAAAGGAUCCCUUAAGGCAGGCUUCUUCGGGACGGUGGUGGAGUACGGGGCAGAGAGGAAAAUCUCCAGGCACAGCGUUCUAGGCGCAGCCGUCAGCAUUGGAGUCCCACAGGGCGUUUCUCUCAAAGUCAAGUUAAACAGGGCCAGUCAGACUUACUUCUUCCCUAUUCAUCUGACGGAUCAGCUUCUUCCCAGCGCUGUGUUCUAUGCCACCGUGGGGCCUCUCGUGGUCUACUUUGCCAUGCAUCGUCUGAUCAUCAAACCAUACCUCAGGGCUCAAAAGGAGAAGGAGUUGGAGAAGCAAAGGGAAAGCACGGCCACCGACAUUCUGCAGAAGAAGCAAGAGGCAGAGGCCGCUGUUCGGUUGAUGCAGGAAUCUGUCCGAAGAAUAAUCGAGGCAGAAGAGUCCAGAAUGGGGCUCAUCAUCGUCAACGCCUGGUACGGGAAAUUUGUCAACGACAAGAGCAAGAAGAGCGAGAAGGUGAAGGUGAUUGAUGUGACUGUGCCCCUGCAGUGCCUGGUGAAGGACUCAAAGCUCAUCCUCACAGAGGCCUCUAAGGCUGGGCUGCCUGGGUUUUAUGACCCAUGUGUGGGGGAAGAGAAGAACCUGAAAGUGCUUUACCAGUUCCGAGGGGUCCUGCACCAGGUGAUGGCGCUGGACAGUGAGGCGCUUAGGAUACCAAAGCAGUCCCACAGGAUUGAUACAGAUGGAUAAACUACUUGAGAAAUGAGAUUAAAAAGAGGCUACAAAAAAUCUUUUCCUGGGAGUCUACAAAUUUGGAAGCAGGGAAAAAACCCAGACAUCAGAUCUGUUUAUUUUAUAUUAUUCCUAUAGAAGGUGGUACCAUAUAAAUUAUGUGAAGGGACACACAGGCACCCCACUCUCCUGGGUGCUGUAGUCAAGACUGAGGCGGCCCCACCUGGACCAGAAGUGCAGCACCGCAGCUCAGCCUGUGUCUGUUUUCCCAAGGAUCAUGUCCCUGCAGGGAAGGGCCGUGGGCCCUGGACGCCUCCAGGUCCCUCCCCAGGUUCAGGGCACGUGCUGACUGCAGCCCCCAGUAGUUCGUGGUCUGUCUUGAGGCGUUUGUGGAACAUCUUGCCCUCAAACACAGGACCGUGAACUGCUUUUCCUGAAAUCCACACUGAACGUGGAAAACAACAUGGAAAAGGAAGGGAGGAAGGAAGGAGCUCUCCCGAGCAGAGGUCUCCAGAGGAGUGAGCAUCUUCAAUCAGCUUCUGAAAACCACCUUUUCCUGCUGAAAUAUUACUAAGUGAAUCUGGAGAGGAUUGUGUGGGUUUAUAAAUUUGCUUUUUAUCUGAUAACGAAUGGUUUUGGAAAUUAGUCCUCCCCCCCGCCCGACUCCAGAACUUCUUGAAUCAUUCCACUAGCACCUGGUUUGGGUCAGAGUGGUGUAACUCCGGGUCCAGGGCCCAUCCCUGUCACUGGUCACUCCCUUCCAGAAGCCACCUGUAUCCUUGUGGGAAAAGGCAGAUGAGAGCCAAGCCAUGUCCUUCUCAGCCCGCUCCACACGGCUCAGCCUGACCUGCCCGUGCCGGUCACACUAGAGUGCAGUGUUGGAAUGAAGAGGUUCAGGGCGAGAAGGGAGGCUGAGUUGGGGUGAAAGGACCAGGGCGCAGACAGGUGCCAAAUCCCAAGCCCAGGAGAGCUGCGCUGGCCUGCGCCUCACUCACUUGUGGCCAGCAGGUGUCGCUGCUGCUCCCCACCUGUCAGGUCCAGCUCCCGCCUCACAGGGGCCUCCUUUCUGGGCGUCUGCUCCCAAGACCCUCUUCUCUCACUUGCCUCUUCUGUGGCUGCAGACUGUUGUAGGAGCCAGGACACUCCUGAACAGCCUGGUCUGUUAACUGGGAAACAGUUACUCAGUGAGCACAGGCCCUGGAUGGUGGUGGUUCUGGCAGCCCCCCUGCAGCUAUUGCUAAAUGAGGCUUCACUCCUUGGCAUUGGUACCCGAGUAACCUCUAAUGACCCCCUCCCUCCAAUUUUUAAAAACAGGUCACGUUGCCCAAUUCUGUAAUAUUUAUCUCCAUUUAAAAAAGUUUUUCUCCGAGCUACUGCUCUGAAUGUGAAUCUUGCAAUAGCGUUGCGUUAAGUGAGUCUGACUUGGGAUGCAGCCCUGGGUUCCCUCCAUGCAGGGGGGUCUUGUGGGCACCGAUUCUCUUCAUUUUGUCUGAAACGGACUGUACAGCAGGCACUCUCUUACCACAAUAAACCUUUCCUGAAAUCUGG